AUGUACUUCACCUGCAUUUCCUUUUAUUUAGGUUGCUGCUGUGGAGCAGAGAAUGUGGAGGCACCUUUUGAAGACGACAUUUCCGUAAGAGUGUCACAGGCAAAGAAUCCCAAGUUAGCUUUGACUUCCCAAAAGAACCACCCCUGUGAGAGUUGUGGACUAGUUUUGAGAAAUAUUUUCCACUUGACUCAUCAGAAGGAAUUACAACACAGGCAGAUACUGUUGAGGUGCGGGGCAUGCGCAAAGCAAUUUUAUUUCAGUGCACAAUUUCACCAGCAGCAGCACUUCAGAGAGAAGCCUUUGAUAAGAGGUGUGAACACUGGAGAAAGGCCUUAUGAGUGCAGUGAAUGUGGGAAAUCAUUUAAUCAGAAAUAUGCCUUUCGUUGUCAUCAGAGAAUUCACACUGGAGAAAAGCCUUAUAAGUGCAGUGAAUGUGGGAAAUCAUUUAGUCAGAAAUAUGCCUUUCAUUGUCAUCAGAGAAUUCACACUGGAGAAAGGCCUUAUAAGUGCAGUGAAUGUGGGAAAUCAUUUAAUCAGAAAUAUAAUUUUGAUUGUCAUCAGAGAAUUCACACUGGAGAAAGGCCUUAUAAGUGCAGUGAAUGUGGAAAAUUAUUCAAUGGGAAAUAUGUCCUUCUUCGUCAUGAGAGAAUUCACAGUGGUGAAGAGCCUUUUGUGUGCAAUGAAUGUGGAAAAUCUUUUAUCUGUAGAAGUGGCCUCCGUUACCAUGAGAUGAGAGUUCACACUGGAGAAAAGGUUUAUGAGUGCAAUGAAUGUGGAAAAUAUUUUACCUGUAGAGGUGGCUUCCGUUACCAUCAAAUGACAGUUCACACUGGAGAAAGGCCUCAUAAGUGCAAAGAAUGUGGGCAAUCUUUUGUCAGUAGUAGUCGCUUACGUUAUCAUCAGAGAUUGCACACUGGAGAAAAGCCUUAUAAGUGCAAUGAAUGUGAGAAAUCUUUUAUCAGUAUUUCUUAUCUUCACUAUCAUCAGAGAUUGCACACUGGAGAAAGGCCUUAUAAGUGCAAUGAAUGUCAGAAAUCUUUUGACACUACCUAUCAACUUCGUUAUCAUCAGAGAGUUCACACUGGAGAAAACCCUUAUGAGUGCAGGGAAUGUGGGACAUCAUUUACUCAGAAAUAUGCCUUCCGUUGUCAUCAGAGAAUUCACACUGGAGAACGUCCUUAUAAGUGCAAUGAAUGUGGGAAAUCAUUUACUCGGAGAAAUGUCCUUCAUAGUCAUGAGAGAGUACACACUGGUGAAAAGCCUUAUGAGUGCAGUGAAUGUGGAAAAUCUUUUACCUAUGGAAGUAGCCUCCGUUACCAUCAGAAGAGUCACACAGGAGAAAGGCCUUAUGAGUGCAAUGAAUGUGGGAAGUCUUUUACCAGUAGUAAUGGUUUCCGUCGUCAUCAGAGAAUUCACACUGGAGAAAGGCCUUAUGAGUGCAAUGAAUGUGGGAAAUCUUUUAUCAGUGCUAGUAGCUUCCGUCGUCAUCAGAGAGUUCACACUGGGGAAAAGCCUUAUGAGUGUGGUGAGUGUGGGAAGUCUUUUACCACCAAAUAUUGCCUUGGUUCUCAUCAGAAAAUUCACACUAGAGAAAGGCCUAAUGACUGUAGUUAAUAUGGGAAAUCUUUUAUCCAAACUUCUAACUCUACUCCCACAGAAGAGUUCACAUUGGAGGAAGGUCUUGAUAUGCAGGAAAUAACAGAUUUUUUUUUUCCAACCGUAACAGUACUAUAAGAAAUUCUAUGAAGCCCUAUUUGUCUGAACUGAAUCUCAUACACUGCAACGUCAAGAGUAGGGAGAUUCACAAUAAAUUGUAGU